UGGACAACCAGUGGUAAAACAUCUGGUGGCGCCAUAGAAUUGUCAUACGGUGUGCUGAAAGGUCAUAACAUUCUCCAUUUUUCACUCGCCGUUUAUGUGCCCUUACACCAGAAAUGGCCCAAACGCCCCCUUGCACAACGCUAAAACAUCGUCUGAACAGUUCAUAAAGAAAAUGCCGGAACAGAAUCCAGGUUUAACCUAUGGUGCAAAAAUUUCGAUAGAAAUUCAUCACGAGGAGAAUUUUGCUGUUCAAGAUAUUGAAAACCAAGACCACAUUAUUCUUAAAAGAGAGGUUGAUGCCAGUCAGUCAGACUUCGUGCACAAAACAAAUAGCAGACGUAAGCGUGCAUCAGGGGGAUGGGUCGUUGAUGAUGAAAGCUGGAAGGUAGACUGGACCACUCCAAAACAGGACAAGCAAGGGAACAAACCUAAUGUUCCCGAUUACAAUGUUGUCGAAGAAAUUGAAAUGCGCGCCAAGACUAAGGAUAUGGUACAAGAGGUGGUGAUACCAACGAUUUCCACCGCGAUUCCGCUGGCAUUCGUAGUGUUGAUCAUUGCCUGCUGCUGCUGUUUGAAGAGAAAGAUUUCAGCAAAAGCUUCGCCAAAUAAGUUUGUUCAAGGCGCUAUCAAUAAAUAUGCCCCUGGUGCUAAUGUCAGGGAUGGAAAAUUAGAAGUUCGUGAGAUGUCAGAGGCUGAGAAAGAAGCCUUGGGAGAGACUAUGGGAGCCAUCAUCGAUCUAAAAUAACGUGGAAUUCCAUUGCGCGCUUAUCAUCACAACUAACACAUCCAUUUUGUCAUACGCUCUACUGCAAUCCGUCCCACAAGAUUUACGUACAAAAGCUUA